ACUCAAGAAAUGAGAAGAUGGGAUGGGAUGCCACCCUAGUUUCCGUAAGACUAGAAGCACAUGGCUAGGCAUGAAAAAUAAUUAAAGAUGAAAUUCCUUAUAUAUAUAUAGAUUUUAUUUUCAUAUGCAAGAAAACAACUUUUCAUAAUCAUUCUCGCCUCAGCCUUACAGACACGGAAGCUUUUGAGAGCUUUAUAUUGUUGGAUUUUCCUUUGAGGCUUUGAGAAACAUUACAGAGUGGUAAGAGUAUACAUAAUAGCCACUUCUGGAGCCAUUUUGUCCUAACUUCACCAUCAAACAGCAUCAGCCAAAGCUUCAAUGGCCACCGACUUCAAAUCCAUUCCAAUUAUCGAUAUAAGCCCUUUGGUGGCAAAAUUCCGUGAUCCAGACAUGGCUCAAGACCCCACUGUGUGUGAAGUAGUUAAAGAAUUGGACCGGGCUUGUAGAGAAGCUGGAUUCUUCUACGUGAAGGGCCAUGGUAUACCUGAUUCUCUCAUUAAAGAGGUUAAAAGUUUGACGCACAAAUUUUUUGAUCUUCCCUAUGAAGAAAAACUGAAAAUCAAGAUGACUGCUGCUGCUGGAUACAGGGGAUACCAGAGACUUGGAGAAAAUAUAACUAAAGGCAUUCCUGACAUGCACGAAGCUAUUGAUUGUUACAGAGAAAUAAAAGCAGGGAUGUAUGGAGAUCUUGGCAAACCCAUGGAAGGAUGUAACCAAUGGCCACUUGAUCCACCAAACUUUAAACAACUGAUGGAAGAAUAUAUCGGUUUGUGCACAGAUCUUUCAAGAAAAAUCCUGCGGGGAAUAGCUCUAGCAUUGGCUGGAUCAGUUGACGCAUUGGAAGGUGAAAUAGCUGGAGAUGCAUUUUGGGUAUUGCGUAUUAUUGGUUACCCAGGUGUCUCCAGUGCAGAAGGCCAGGAUUUGACUGGAAAUGAUAUAGGAUGUGGAGCUCACACUGAUUAUGGUUUGUUGACAUUGGUUAAUCAGGAUGAUGGUAUAACUGCACUUCAGGUGAGAAACCUGUCUGGUGAGUGGAUCUCUGCUCCUCCAAUUCCAGGAACAUUUGUUUGCAACAUUGGAGACAUGCUAAAGAUCUGGUCAAACGGUUUGUACGAUUCAACUCUGCAUCGAGUUAUCAACAACUACCCAAAAUAUCGUGUAUGCAUAGCUUAUUUUUAUGAGCCUAAUUUUGAUGCAGCCGUAGAGCCUUUAGAAAUUUGUAUAAAGAGGAGUGGUGGCAUAAGGAAGGCUGGGAAAGCAGUUUACGGUGAGCAUCUAGUGGGCAAAGUCCAAACUAACUUUGUUUAACUUUUCUUGUAAUUUGUAAGUGUGUACUGUUGUGUAUGCUACUGAAUAAUACCCUGUUUCUGCAACAAGGUUUGUUUAGCAUCUAUGCUUGUGUUGAAUGGAUUUGUAUCUUUUAUCCC